UCGGCGCUGCAGAGAGUCUGGAGUCCCAGGUCCUACUUAACUUAGAUGCUCCGGAGCCCACCAGUGUAGUAGGUGCUACCCAUAGGCAGACACUGGUGAUGUCUGGCCGUCCCUGAAGACACUAGCCAGGAGACCAGAGGAUACCCCAAAGAACAACAGGAACAUCCUCUCUGCAAAAUGGACACCAGCGGGGCUAAGGUGCUGGAGACGGCGGAUGACAUCCAGGAGCGCCGGCAGCAGGUGCUGGACCGGUACCGGCGCUUCAAGGAGCUGUCCAUGGUGCGGCGGCAGAAGCUGGAGGACUCGUACCGCUUCCAGUUCUUCCGCCGCGACGCCGACGAGCUGGAGAAGUGGAUCCAGGAGAAGCUGCAGAUCGCCUCCGACGAGAACUACAAGGACCCCUCCAACCUGCAGGGCAAGCUCCAGAAACACCAGGCGUUUGAGGCUGAGGUACAGGCCAACGCUGGAGCCAUCAUCAAACUGGACGAAACCGGCAACCUCAUGAUCACCGAGGGCCACUUCGCCUCAGAGACCAUCCGCACCCGUUUGGAGGAGCUGCACCGCCUGUGGGACCUGCUGCUGCUGAAGACCAAGGAGAAGGGCAUGCGUCUGCUGCAGGCCCAGAAGCUGGUGCAGUACCUGCGCGAGUGUGACGACGCCAUGGACUGGAUCAAUGACAAGGAGACCAUGGCCACCUCGGAGGAGCUGGGCCAGGACCUGGAGCACGUGGAGCUGCUGCAGAAGAAGUUCGAGGAGUUCCAGACAGACCUGGCGGCCCACGAGGAGCGCGUCAACGAGGUCAACCAGCUGGCGGCCCGGCUCACCCAAGAGGCCCACCCGGAGGCGGAGCUCAUCGUGCGCAAGCAGGACGAGGUCAACGCCGCGUGGCAGCGGCUGAAGGGGCUGGCGCUGCAGCGGCAGGGCCGGCUCUUCGGGGCGGCCGAGGUGCAGCGCUUCAACCGGGAUGUGGACGAGACCAUCAGCUGGAUCAAGGAGAAGGAGCAGCUCAUGGCCUCCGACGACUUUGGCCGUGACCUGGCCAGCGUCCAGGCCCUGCUGCGUAAGCACGAGGGCCUGGAGAGAGACCUGGCUGCCCUAGAGGACAAGGUGAACAUGCUGGGCGGGGAGUCGGAGCGCCUGCAGCAGACCCACCCCCAGAACGCGGCCCAGAUCCACCUGAAGAAGGACGAGCUGGUCACCAACUGGGAGCAGAUCAGGACCCUGGCGGCCGAGAGACGCGCCCGCCUCAACGACUCCUACCGGCUGCAGCGCUUCACGGCUGACUUCAGGGACCUGACCAGCUGGGUGACGGAGAUGAAGGCGCUGAUCAACGCUGACGAGCUGGCCAACGACGUGGCCGGAGCCGAGGCCCUGCUAGACCGCCACCAGGAGCACAAGGGAGAGAUCGACGCCCACGAGGACAGCUUCAGGGCUGCCGACGAGGCCGGCCAGGCGCUGCUCAACACAGGCCACUACGCCUCGGACGAGGUCAAGGAGAAGCUGGGCGUCCUCACCGAGGAGAAGGAGUCUCUUCUGGAGCUGUGGGAGCUCCGCCGGCAGCAGUACGAACAGUGCAUGGACCUGCAGCUCUUCUACAGGGACACGGAGCAGGUGGACAACUGGAUGAGCAAGCAGGAGGCGUUCCUCCUCAACGAAGACCUGGGCGACUCCCUGGACAGCGUGGAGGCCCUGCUGAAGAAACACGAGGACUUUGAGAAGUCUCUCAGCGCACAGGAGGAGAAGAUCACCGCCCUUGAUGAGUUCGCUACCAAGCUCAUCGAUAACAACCACUAUGCUAAGGAGGAUGUCGCUACCCGCAGAGAUGCUCUCCUCAACCGCCGCAACGCCCUCCACGAGCGCGCCCAGUCGCGCCGCGCCGGCCUGGAGGACUCCUUCCACCUGCAGCAGUUCUUCAGGGACUCCGACGAGCUCAAGAGCUGGAUCAACGAGAAGAUGAAGACCGCCACCGACGAGGCCUACAAAGACCCCUCCAACCUCCAGGGCAAGGUGCAGAAGCACCAGGCCUUCGAGGCGGAGCUGUCGGCCAACCAGAGCCGCAUCGACGCCCUGCAGAAGUCGGGCCAGGAGCUCCUGGACGGGAAGCACUACGCCGCGGACGAGGUGUCCGGGCGCAUGGAGGAGGUCAGCUCCCAGUGGAAGAAGCUUCUGGAGGCCACCGAGCUCAAAGGCAUCAAGCUGCGCGAGGCCAACCAGCAGCAGCAGUUCAACCGCAACGUGGAGGACAUCGAGCUGUGGCUGUACGAGGUGGAGGGCCAGCUGGCCUCCGACGACUACGGCAAGGACCUGACCAGCGUCCAGAACCUGCAGAAGAAGCACGCCCUGCUGGAGGCCGACGUGGCCGCGCACCAGGACCGCAUUGACGGCAUCACCAUCCAGGCCCGGCAGUUCCAGGAGGCCGGCCACUUUGACGCCGACAACAUCCGCAAGAAGCAGGAGGCGCUGGUGACGCGCUACGACGCCCUGCGCGAGCCCAUGACGGCCCGCAAGCAGAAGCUGUCCGACUCCCUGCGGCUGCAGCAGCUCUUCAGGGACGUGGAGGACGAGGAGACCUGGAUCCGCGAGAAGGAGCCCAUCGCCGCCUCCACCAACCGAGGCAAAGACCUGAUCGGCGUGCAGAACCUCCUGAAGAAGCACCAGGCCCUGCAGGCGGAGAUCUCGGGCCACGAGCCCCGCAUCAAGGCCGUCAGCCAGAAGGGCGACGCCAUGGUGGAGGAAGGCCACUUUGCGGCGGAGGAGGUGAGGGUGAAGCUGGGCGAGCUGAACGGCCGCUGGGACACGCUGAAGGGCAAGGCGGCGCAGCGGCGCCAGGACCUGGAGGACUCCCUGCAGGCCCAGCAGUACUUCGCCGACGCCAACGAGGCCGAGUCCUGGAUGAGGGAGAAGGAGCCCAUCGUGGGCAGCCCCGACUACGGCAAGGACGAGGACUCUGCCGAGGCUCUGCUGAAGAAGCACGAGGCCCUGAUGUCGGACCUGAGCGCCUACGGCAGCAGCAUCCACGCGCUGAAAGAACAGGCCCAGUCCUGCAGGCAACAAGUGGCCCCCACGGACGACGAGACGGGGAAGGAGCUGGUCCUGGCCCUGUACGACUACCAGGAGAAGAGCCCCCGUGAGGUCACCAUGAAGAAGGGGGACAUCCUCACCCUACUCAACAGCACCAACAAGGACUGGUGGAAGGUGGAGGUGAACGACCGGCAGGGCUUCGUACCCGCGGCCUACGUGAAGAAGCUGGACCCCACCCAGUCGUCGUCCAGGGAGAACCUCCUGGACGAGCAGGGCAGCAUCGCCCUGCGCCAGGAACAGGCGGAUAACCAGUACGGCACUCUGCUGGAGCUGGGGGACAAGCGCAAGGACAUGCUGGAGAAGAGCUGCAAGAAGUUCAUGCUGUUCCGCGAGGCCAACGAGCUGCAGCAGUGGAUCAACGAGAAGGAGGGCGCGCUCACCAACGAGGAGAUGGGCUCCGACCUGGAGCAGGUGGAGGUGCUGCAGAAGAAGUUUGACGACUUCCAGAAGGACCUGAAGGCCAACGAGUCCCGUCUGCGGGACAUCAACAAGGUGGCGUCGGAGCUGGAGUCUGAGGGCCUGAUGGCCGAGGAGGCCCCCAUGGUGCAGUCCCAGCAACAAGAAAUGCUUGGAUCCGCCCCUAGCAAGGAUGAAGCCGACGCAAAGAAUGCAUCUCCAUGGAAGAAUGUACGCAUGGCCGUUCAAACCACGGCUAACUUUAAUACCAUCAAGGAGCUGAACAACCGAUGGAGGUCCCUGCAGCAGCUGGCUGAGGACAGGAGCAACAUGCUGGGCAGUGCCCAUGAGGUGCAGCGCUUCCACAGGGAUGCUGAUGAGACCAAAGAGUGGAUUGAGGAGAAGAACCAGGCGCUGAACACCGAUAACUACGGCCACGACCUGGCCAGCGUCCAGGCCCUGCAGCGUAAACACGAGGGCUUCGAGAGAGACCUGGCCGCCCUGGGAGACAAGGUGAACUCUCUGGGGGAGACGGCGGAGCGCCUGAUCCAGUCCCACCCCGAGGCGGUGGACGACAUCCAGGAGAAGUGCACGGAGCUGAACACGGCGUGGAGCAGCCUGGUGGGCCGCGCCGACCAGAGGAAGGACAAGCUGGGCAACUCCCACGACCUGCAGCGCUUCCUGUCCGACUUCAGAGAUCUGACGUCCUGGAUCAACGGCAUCCGAGGCCUGGUGUCCUCUGAGGAGCUGGCCAAGGACGUGACGGGAGCUGAGGCCCUUCUGGAGAGACACCAGGAGCACCGCACUGAGAUCGACGCCCGCGCCGGAACCUUCCAGGCCUUCGAGCAGUUCGGCCAGCAGCUGCUGGCGCGGGGCCACUACGCCAGCCCCGAGAUCCAGCAGAAGCUGGAGGCCCUGGACAGCGAGCGGGCCGGCCUGGAGAAGGCCUGGGUGCAGCGCCGCAUGAUGCUGGACCAGUGCCUGGAGCUCCAGCUGUUCAACCGCGACUGCGAGCAGGCGGAGAACUGGAUGGCGGCCCGCGAGGCCUUCCUGGCCAGCGACGACAAGGGGGACUCCCUGGACAGCGUGGAGGCGCUGAUCAAGAAGCACGAGGACUUCGACAAGGCCAUCACCGUGCAGGAGGAGAAGAUCGCCGCUCUGCAGUCGUUCGCCGACCAGCUGAUCGGAGCCGACCACUACGCCAAGCCCGAGAUCUUCAACCGCCGCACCGAGGUCCUCGACAGGUGGCUUCGCCUGAAGACCCAGAUGAUCGAGAAGCGCUCCAAGCUGGGCGAGUCCCAGACCCUGCAGCAGUUCAGCCGCGACGUGGACGAGAUCGAGGCCUGGAUCAGCGAGAAGCUGCAGACGGCCACCGACGAGUCCUACAAGGACCCCACCAACAUCCAGCUUUCCAAACUGCUGAGCAAGCACCAGAAGCACCAGGCCUUCGAGGCGGAGCUGCACGCCAACGCGGACCGCAUCCGCGGGGUCAUCGACACGGGCAACGCCCUCAUCCAGAGAGGGGCCUGCUCCGGGAGCGAGGACGCCGUCAAGGUGCGGCUGAACGCUCUGGAUGAGCAGUGGCAGUUCCUGGUCAACAAGUCAGCGGAGAAGAGCCAGAAGCUGAAGGAGGCCAACAAGCAGCAGAACUUCAACACCGGCAUCAAGGACUUUGACUUCUGGCUGUCCGAGGUGGACGCCCUGCUGGCCUCCGAGGACUACGGCAAAGACCUGGCCUCGGUCAACAACCUGCUGAAGAAGCACCAGCUGCUGGAGGCGGACAUCUCCGCCCACGAGGACCGGCUGAAGGACCUGAACGGCCAGGCGGACAGCCUGAUGGGCAGCAUCGCCUUCGACACCACGGUGGUGAAGGACAAGCGCGACGCCGUCAACGGCCGCUUCGCCAAGAUCAAGAGCAUGGCGGCGGGCCGGCGCGCCAAGCUCAACGAGUCCCACCGCCUGCACCAGUUCUUCAGGGACCUGGACGACGAGGAGUCCUGGAUCAAGGAAAAGAAGUUGUUGGUGAGUUCGGAGGACUAUGGACGUGAUUUGACGGGAGUGCAGAAUCUGAGGAAGAAGCACAAGAGGCUGGAAGCAGAGCUGGGGGCCCACGAGCCGGCCAUCCAGUCUGUACUGGAGACGGGGAAGAAGCUGUCCGAUGACAACACCAUCGGGCAGGAGGAGAUCCAACAGAGGCUGGCCCAGUUUGUGGACCACUGGAAGGAGCUCAAGGACCUGUCUGGAGCGAGGGGGCAGAGGUUGGAAGAGUCGCUGGAGUACCAGCAGUUUGUGGCGAACGUGGAAGAGGAAGAGGCGUGGAUAAACGAGAAGUUGAACCUGGUGGGGAGCGAGGACUACGGCGACACCCUGGCUGCGGUGCAGGGUCUGCUGAAAAAACACGAAGCAUUCGAGACGGACUUCACCGUGCACAGGGACAGGGUCAACGACGUGUGCACCAAUGGAGACGAGCUCAUCAAGAAGAACAACCAUCAUGUUGACAACAUCAGUGCCAAGAUGGCCGCCCUGCGGGGCAAGGUGUCGGAGCUGGAGCGGGCGGCGGCCCAGAGGAAGGCCAAGCUGGACGAGAACUCUGCCUUCCUGCAGUUCAACUGGAAGGCCGACGUGGUGGAGUCCUGGAUCGGGGAGAAGGAGAACAGCCUGAAGACUGACGACUACGGCAGGGACCUGUCCUCUGUGCAGACCCUGCUCACCAAACAGGAGACGUUCGACGCCGGCCUGCAGGCCUUCCAGCAGGAGGGCAUCACCAACAUCACGGCGCUGAUGGACCAGCUGCUGGCCGCCCAGCACGUCCAGUCCAAGGCCAUCGAGACGCGCCACGCCGCCCUCAUCAAGCGCUGGAACCAGCUGCUCUCCAACUCGGCCGCGCGCAAGAAGAAGCUGCUGGAGGCCCAGCAGCACUUCAGGAAGGUGGAGGACCUGUUCCUCACCUUCGCCAAGAAGGCGUCGGCCUUCAACAGCUGGUUCGAGAACGCGGAGGAGGACCUGACGGACCCGGUGCGCUGCAACUCUCUGGAGGAGAUCCGGGCGCUGCGCGAGGCCCACGAUGCCUUCCGCUCCUCCCUGAGCUCGGCGCAGGCCGACUUCGGCCAGCUGGCCGAGCUGGACCAGCAGAUCAAGAGCUACCAGGUGGUGUCCAACCCCUACACCUGGUUCACCAUGGAGGCCCUGGAGGAGACCUGGAGGAACCUGCAGAAGAUCAUCAAGGAGCGCGAGCUGGAGCUACAGAAGGAGCAGAGGAGGCAGGAGGAGAACGACAAGCUGAGGCAGGAGUUCGCCCAGCACGCCAACACCUUCCACCAGUGGCUGCAGGAGACCAGGACAUAUCUUCUGGACGGCAUCGCUUAUCGGGGCAUAGUCUGUGUCUAUCACUACCAGGUUGCUGACGACCUCACCGGAAGGUCUUGCAUGGUAGAAGAAUCUGGAACAUUGGAAUCACAACUUGAAGCCACCAAGCGCAAGCACCAGGAGAUCCGGGCGAUGCGCAGCCAGCUGAAGAAGAUCGAGGACCUCGGAGCGGCCAUGGAGGAGGCCCUGAUCCUGGACAACAAGUACACGGAGCACAGCACGGUGGGCCUGGCCCAGCAGUGGGACCAGCUGGACCAGCUGGGCAUGAGGAUGCAGCACAACCUGGAGCAGCAGAUACAGGCCAGGAACACCACGGGAGUCACAGAAGAAGCGCUGAAGGAGUUCAGCAUGAUGUUCAAACAUUUCGACAAAGAGAAGUCCGGCCGUCUGAACCACCAGGAGUUCAAGUCGUGUCUGCGCUCGCUGGGCUACGACCUGCCCAUGGUGGAGGAGGGAGAGCCCGACCCAGAGUUUGAGUCCAUCCUCGACACGGUGGACCCCAACAGGGAUGGCAACGUAUCAUUGCAAGAGUACAUGGCUUUCAUGAUCAGCCGCGAGACGGAGAACGUGAAGUCCAGCGAGGAGAUCGAGAGCGCCUUCCGCGCCCUCAGCACAGAGGCCAAGCCCUACGUCACCAAAGAAGAACUCUACCAGAACCUGACGAAGGAACAAGCAGACUACUGCAUGUCGCACAUGAAGCCCUACCUAGACGGCAAGGGACGGGAGCUGCCGUCGGCCUUCGACUUUGUGGAAUUCACACGCUCGCUCUUCGUCAACUGAUCCUCGUGCUACCAGUGACCAAUCGGGACGCGUUUGCCCCCACCCCCCCACAACACACUUAAGGAAACACGAAUAACACGGCUGAAACUGCAUGAUUAACCACACGAGAAACGAAAAUA